UCUAGGGUCUGCACAUGCUCGCUGUUUAGGGCUAGUGCUAAGUAAAAAAGUGGUUAACCAUAUAGCAUCUUCCUUUGCUCUGAAAUCGCUUUUCUCAGUGGGGGUCGAGUCAUGCUGACAUCACUUCGGCAGUUUUGGCUUCAGGCUUUCACGGUCAAGAACAGAACAGACAUAUUGCAUAUUUACAUGUAGUAUUUGAAAUAUGUUUUAAUUAUUUAAUUUCUUGGUUAGACAGUUGAAAGAAGGUUCAAAGGAUUUGAAAGUGUUUCACACAAAUCCUCAUUGACAGCAGGUAAUGAAUCACCACAGCAGGACAUAUUGUAGACUGCAGACUGCAAUGGAAUUUGGUCACAUCCUUGUAUUCUUCAUGACCGUUCUGAUCUCCAGCACAGGAUCCAAAUUUGAAGACCAUGUAUUUGUACAGACAGGGGACUCUGUUACACUGGACAUAAAAAUAAAAGCACUGCCACACUUCAGUAGAUUAGUCUGGAUGAAAGAUCAAUCAGAAAACAUAGUCAGAUUAGCUGAUCAAUCUGGAAAAAUAACACAUUACAAGGACAGAGUUGAUCUCAAUAAUACAACCUUCUCUUUAACACUGCGGAAUAUGCAGAAGACAGACAGUGGACUCUACAGAGCAAAAACAGUAGGAGAAAAAGAAGAAUUCAUUGGUGAACACAAUGUAUCAGUUAUAGAUCCAGUGGAUCCUCCUGUUCUGAACUGGAAUGCCACCAUGAUCAGUGUCAAGUCCUGCAUGGUUAAUGUCUCAUGCAGUGGGCAUGAUCGUUCAAUCACAGAAAUCUACCACAGCAACAACUGCACUCAGGAGGAAGUGACAUCAUUUGGAAUCUGGACUCUAACCCUGUAUUGUAUAGAAAACGUAGUUGUUUGUAACUAUAGCAACCCAGUCAGCUGGAAGAAUGACACAAACGAGAUUACCCAACUUUGCAACUCUCAUGAAUCAAUUAAACCCAAAGAAAACAAUACUUCCUUUCCUCUCUAUUGGCUCUCGGUGAUCGCUGGUGUUCCACUGUUGGUUUUCACAGUAGUUUCUGUGAUAUGCUGCUCUCACAAGAAGCAUAAAAGUGGUGACCAACAGAAUGAUCAAACAGUCUAUGCACAAGUUCGGCCAAGGAAUGAAGUGCAGAGACCUCUGGAGAUGCUGGAGAAAUCAGCGGAUCCUCAAACUGUGUAUGGAUUUACAGGAGAACACAAACAAACUCGCAAUACCAGUCAGAUUCCUAGUCCUCAGGUGACUGGACGCCUGACAUGA